AACAUUUGAAUACCCUACCUAAAAAGAGUUCAUAGAAAAAAUUAUUAUGGGUAGUACGAAAACUUUGGUGACUUGUUUCCUCGUAAUAAUUCUUGCAUUUUCGUUGUCUAACCACAACGUUUUGGCUUCAGGUAUAUUUAAAGUUUGUCUAAAAGGUGGACGGUGUGGUUCUCCUUGUAUUCCAUGUCCAGUGAAAUGUUGUUGCCAAAAGUAAUACAAACUUAUAUACCAUCUUUCUCUCAAAAUUGAUGAGUCUAGCGUUGCAUUUAUUUUCUCUUAAGUUAUUGGACUUGAUUUGUAUCUUGUUCUUAUAAAUAAAUGCAAUGAUAUAAGAAAACUAUU